UUCCCAUGGUGCUUUGCGGGCGGCGCUUGCGCAAUUUGUUUUUCCUACGGCCCUGGCUGCUGCUGGUCGGAGGGUUGUUGUUGAUGUGACAUUAAAGCAGCUGAGAGAAAGAAGUGACGAAGUUAACAGAACACUGACCCUGUCGCUCGAGGUUGCUGGGUGAGCUCCUCCCUACCAUGAGAGCUGACCACCAGGUCCCCAGCCCCCCCUCCUUCUGCAGUUGAUGGAUCUGCAGCUGGUCCAGAGAUGACAGACAGCGUCAGGGCCUUCCUGCGCAAUGUUGCGACGGGGAUCAAGGACUCCAUAUUGGGGAUUGGAACAAUCUCCAAGCUGGAUGCUCGCAUCCAGCAGAAAAGGGAAGAACAGCGGAGGAGAAGGGCCAGUGGGGCCCUUGCACAGAGAAGGGCACAGAGUGAGGAGCGCAAACCAGACAAUGAACCCAAAGUAGCCAGCAGGAUUUUUCAGUGCUGCGCCUGGAAUGGAGGAGUGUUCUGGCUCAGUCUGUUUCUCUUCUACCGGGUUUUUAUCCCAUUACUGCAGACUCUCACAGCAAAAAUCAUCGGUGACCCCUCCCUCCAUGGCAGUGUGUGGUCCUGGUUAGAGUUCUUCCUGACCUCCGUCUUCAGUGCUCUCUGGGUUCUCCCCCUGUUUGUCCUCAGCAAGAUAGUCAACGCCAUCUGGUUCCAGGAUAUUGCUGACCUUGCGUUUGAAGUAUCUGGCUGUAAAGCUCAGCCGUUCCCCAGCGUCAGUAAGAUCAUUGCAGACAUGCUCUUCAACCUCCUCCUUCAGGCACUCUUCCUCAUUCAGGGUAUGAUCGUUAGCCUCUUCCCUAUCGAUGCCAUUGGACAGAUGGUUAGCCUCCUGCACAUGUCUCUGCUCUACUCCCUGUACUGCUUUGAGUAUCGCUGGUUCAAUCAUGGCAUCGAGAUGCACCAACGGCUGUCCAAUAUUGAGAGGAACUGGCCCUAUUACUUUGGCUUUGGUCUACCAAUGGCUCUGCUGACCGCCCUGCCCUCCUCAUACAUCAUUAGUGGCUGCUUGUUCUCCAUCCUCUUCCCUCUAUUCAUCAUCAGCGCAAAUGAGGCUAAGACGCCAACUAAGCUGUACCACUUCCAGCUGCGGCUCUUCUCCCUGGUUGUGCUGAUUAGCAACAAGCUUUUCCACAAGACAGUCCACCUGCAGUCGUCCCUGACGUCCUCCACCUCCUCAGAGAGGCUGUCCUCCCCUCUCACUUCCCCGACCCGCCAGAGACUUGUGCCCAACCAGUGAUGGAUCCAUUCGAAGGAGUUAUGAUGGCAAAACUAAUGAGUGACAUCACUCAAUUAUGUGAAAAAGUGAUUCAUCCAGUAGGAUUUCCCUUGAUGAAGAUGACGUGGCUUAGGAUGAAGGGUUUCCCUGUAUUUUCUAAUCUCUGACCCUUUGGUUAUUCAUUUGCAGUAAACCACCAGACACAUUUUCAGUGUGACAUAAAAAUUGACUGCCAUGUGCCUCACGCUCAAAACACAUUAUACACUCAACUGUUGACUUUUUUUCUUUUUGUGAAUUUUCUUUCACAGUUUUUUUGUAUAAUGUGCCAUUUCAGUGAAUCUCCUUUAAUAAAUUACAGCACAAUAAAUCACGUAGUUUUAAUAUGUUUAAGCAAACUUGUGGCUACUGAAGGGGCUUGUCAGAAGCAAAGCACUAUACAUGCAUACUGUACAUGAUUUCUUAAUGUUGCAAGUCACAUUCCUUCCUCACUGUUUGAAUGCUUUCUUGCACAUGGAUCUGUUUGUCUGUCAAAUGAUGGUGUCCGAGCAGUUCCAAGAAUGACCUUGUACAGUAAAAAGGAGGAUGAUUUUUUUUUAUCCUGUUACAGCUUAGUUCUUUCUUCAGUUCCCAAGCUGCUAUAAUACAGAGUGGUGACCUUAGUAGUAGAAUCCAAAUGAUAAAGUCACUAGUUGUGUGUUGACGAAAGGUUUACCUGGUGUCUCAUCCCAAUUUCAAAUCUCACUCCACUGUCAGAUGAGACUCCAGCAAAGGAAAAACUGUCAGUAUUUUCAGUCUGUAUGAAUCUAGUAGGUGAUAGGUGAGAUAACACUGCCAAACUGCAACGUCUGUGUUUUGUUUAUUUCACCACUACAAAGCUAAGCUCUGUCAGAAGGAGUCCCUAUGUUUUAAGUCUGUGUAUCUGGGUGAUCAGCCUUAACCUGCUUGCUCCAGUCUUCCCCAGAUAGCUGAAGCAAAUAUAACUCAUCCCUAAAAAAAUUGGCUGUGUGCUUAAUAGAUCCUGAAUUUUCAACCACAGGCCCACCACCACACAGUAGCCCAGUCACAAAGAUUUCACUCGCUCAUCAGAGGAGAGGGACCUUGAUUUUGAAAGGGUGUAUUGUAAGAAGAGAAUAGUGUUUGUGCAGACUGAUGUUUGUGAGAGGAUUUGUAAAAGUAAUACACGUCUUAUUUCAAUAAAAUUGGUCUGUAUUCAA